GAUACAAAAACUAAUCUGGAUACCCAUUAAAAACCCCUCUCAAACACUAACUCCACCCCCAGCCACUCCCAACCCCUUUAAUUUCCAGCAAAAUAAAAAAAUAAAAAAAAAUUAUAUAUAAAGAGAGAACAUUUUAUUUUUUUCUGCCCAACCCAAUCUUCUUCAUUGAGAAAGAAGUUUAUUAAAGGAGACUCUUCAAGAAUACCUGGUGAAAGCUGAAAGGUGAAGCAAAGGCAAGUAAGGGGGGCUAUGAAGAGAAAGCUGAUAAAAAGUUGAAAGUCCAAAAGCUAUCUAUAGAGAGAUCAAAAAGCUGAUCAUACCUAAAGAAAAAAAAAAGGCUUUUUAUUAUUUUCCUCAUGGUUUUUAGCUCUUUCUCUUCCCCACAUCUUCUUCAAACACCCUCUCUCAUAUCCUAGAGUUUCAUUAAUUUACAAGAAACCUAGGAGUUAAGUUUAAUAUUCCAUUUUGUCCUUACUCCUUUCACUAUAAUUUCUAUACACAAAAAUCAAGAAUCCAUUAAAGUCAUGUUUAAUUCUUCAAUAGACCCCUUCACUUCCUUAGAGAAUGGAAACAAUUGUAACAAUAAAAGAAAAAGAAGGCCAGCUGGAACCCCAGAUCCAGAUGCAGAAGUGGUAUCCCUAUCACCAAAAACUUUAUUAGAAUCAGAUCGAUAUAUGUGUGAGAUCUGCAAUCAAGGAUUUCAAAGGGACCAAAAUUUACAAAUGCAUAGAAGGCGGCACAAAGUACCAUGGAAGUUGCUAAAAAGAGAAACCCCUAUUGUGAAAAAAAGAGUUUUUGUGUGUCCAGAACCAACUUGUCUACACCAUGACCCUUGUCAUGCUCUUGGUGAUCUUGUUGGUAUUAAAAAACACUUCAGGAGGAAACAUAGUAAUCACAAGCAAUGGGUUUGUGAGAAAUGUAACAAAGGGUAUGCUGUUCAGUCUGAUUACAAAGCACAUCUCAAAACAUGUGGCACUCGUGGCCAUUCUUGCGAUUGUGGCCGCGUUUUCUCCAGGGUGGAGAGCUUCAUAGAGCACCAAGAUGCUUGUAGUUUUGGCAAGCUUCGAUCAGAAUCACAAUCUUUACAAUUACCAACACCUUGCCUUUCUCGUACAGCUUCAAGUCCCAGCCCUUCAAGUGAUCACACUAAUAAUCUCAUAAGUACUAAUGUCCCAUGGCCUACUUUUCUUAUGGCUGCUCCAAAUGCCAUAAUAAAGAAACACGAUUUAGAGCUCCAGCUCUUGACUACUAAUCCUACUACAACAUCUUCAUCUAGCCCCAUUGAUAUCUCCGUCUCGUCUAAAUCUCGCGAAUAUCACUCCACUCAUAAUCUUCAACUAUCCAUUGGUUCGUCGGAUCUCAGCGAGAAAAAUGACUCGGAAAAUAAUGACACGCACAGAUCGAGAAAUGUUCUAUAUGAAUUUUCGCCGGAGCAGUUAAGGCAGGCCAUGGGUGAAAAGGCCUAUGCGGAGGAGGCAAGAAAGGCAGCCAAGAGAGAAAUUGAAUUGGCGGAACAAGAAUUGGCCAAUGCCAAGAGAAUUAGAAGACAAGCACAAGUGGAAUUAGAAAAGGCUCAAGCAUUGAAGGAAGAAGCAAUCAGGCAAAUUAAUUUUACUCUUUCACAGAUCACAUGUCAUGCUUGCAAACAGCAGUUCCAAGCUAGAAGGAUAUUAACAACAUCAACAAGUAUAGUUCCUACUUAUCAAGUUGAGAGGAAUGAUGACCAAAGUAUUCAUCUCAAGUAUGCUACUUGCCAAACAUCACUUCUCUAAUUGUACUAGUUAAUAUUGUAUUUCUUCAUCUCUACUUUGGACAUGUUUCUCUUUCCUUAUUGUUUCAUUUUUGGGUCCUUUAAUUUUAUUU